AUGGCACACUCCAUUUUGUCCCUCUGGCUGCUGGUAGCUGGGCUGGUUCCCCAUUCCUGUGACCAAGAGACACCACCAACGUCACUGAAUCAGAAAGUAUCACCAACACCAGGGAUUCCCAGGGCACCACGCCCCUUCUUCAACAACCAAAAAUUUGCCUUGAGUCUGUACAGACAACUGUCAGGGACAGAAGGAGGCAAAAAUGUACUCUUUUCUCCGCUCAGUAUUAGUAUGCCCCUCACGCUGCUGGCCUUCCAGGAUAAGCCAAAAGUCCGCCAUCUGGUCCUGAGGGAUCUGGGGUUCAGAGUCACCAAAGACCUGGACACUCAAGCGCCCUUGCACUAUGGGGAGCAUCUGGAUGCCCUGAUGCCUGCCGAGAAGUGUGGGAUCCACACUGGCAGUUUGCUGUUUAUGGACAAGAGAGUACAACCAGAAAUGAGGUUCCUCAUGCAAGCCCAGCGCGCCUACAACAGCGACGUCAUCCUCAUCUCCUUAGGGGACUACGAGUUAGCCCAAAAGCAGAUAAACUCGGCCAUUCGUGAUAGGACUCGCGGGAAAGUGAAGAGGCUGCUGAGGGACCUGAAGCCACUAUCUAACUUGUUGCUGGCCAAUUACAACUUCUUUAAAGGAAAAUGGAAAUAUCGCUUUAACCCGAAGCUCACAGAAAUGAGGUACUUCUCGGUGGGCGAGGGGGUCCAGACCAUGGUACCCAUGAUGCAGCGGGUAGGCUGGUUCCACUUGCAGCAUUUCACCCACCUGCACAGCCAUGUGCUCCAGAUGCCCUAUACCUGCAACAUCUCAGGAGUCUUCAUUCUCCCGGAUGAGGGGAGAUUUGAGGACUGUGAGAAAGCGCUGAUGAAGGAGAGCUUUGACACGUGGACUCGGCCCUUACCACGGAGACGAUGGCUGUUUUUCCCCAAAUUCUCCAUUCCCGUUGCUCUUCAUAUGGAGAAUUUCAAGUAUGCUACCAGCAAACUUAAAUUGAUCUAUGAACACAUGGACCUCACGGGAAUCACUGUGAAAAAGACACCCAUGAGUGUCACCACGGCAGUGCACAGGUCGGAACUGACCGUGAAUGAGGAUGGAGCAGAAGAAGAAGACAUCUCCAGCUUCCGGUCCAUCCCCAAGCCGCUCAUUUCUUCCCUCCACUUCAAUAGACCCUUCAUAAUGUUAAUCCUGGAGGGGGCCGGCCACAAUCUUCUCUUCAUGGGGAAAGUGAUGAACCCUAUUAGCGCCUGAUCCGUUUCCGAGAAAGAGUUGAGACUUUAGAAGACUGGAAAGUGGCCAAAGCAUAGGCUAGUGACUGGCCUAUGAUGCUCACAGGAAGGCUGGGGUUGGGGCGGUGAAUCUGACCUUCAUUUUCUCAUGACUGUGGCUGGAGCAGUGGCCUCUAAUCUCUGGCAUGAGAGUGGCUACUGAAGGGGGCCUCCUGCAAAGAUAGGAAGACGGACAUGUAGCUUAAGCAUCUGUGUGGGGGAGCUCCAGACCUGAUGUCCUUGAAGGACCACAAAGGAAGGCACCACAUGGAGGGUAGAGCUGGAGGCCCUGAAUUCUGAUUUUCUCAGACCUGUACUACCUGGGUUGUAGUAGAGUUCUGUUCCUUUGUAGAUCAGUUCAAUAAAACAGCAGAUGAGAAUG